GAGAAACGAAAAUUCAGGUACUAAAUGCUGUGUCAGAGUAGCGGGCGGGGGGUGGUGACUGCCCAGCUGAUGUCAGAUUUUCAAAUGAGCAGGGUCCCCCGGCAGCCAGUACAGACUCCACUGCAGGGGCUGUCAUAGGUCUGGACCACCUCAUUUGAGGGGGGAAUCUGCCUGGGCCUCAGCUCCUUCCAGCUCCUUUGAGGAGGGCUCUAGCCCGGACUCAGGAUGCCUGCAAUGAGGGAGGGGCAAGUGGUGAGACAGUUAACAGUGGGGGUGUGCACAGGGGCUGCAGGCAGCAGCCAGGCUCCCCCACUGGCCAGGCAGUUGGUAUGCUCCAGGAUGUUAGCAGCUCCUUCCAGCAUCCUUCAUCCUUCAGGUACCAGCCGUCUGGGCAGUGCUUGAGCUGCAGAAACUGGGACCAGCCCUCCACAGACCUCUGACCUGACCCUCCCGAGUGGCUUUCUCUGUAUUAGCUGCUUCUGCUGCUGCGUCAGAUACUUUCAGCUGCAACACCCUACAAGGUGGGACACCCAUCUCAGGAGGUUUUGGUGCACCCCACUGACUCUACUCCCCAGGGCUGCUGCCGCCUGUGGCCUCAGGUGAGAAGGGAGCAUCCUGCUUUUCUCCCAUUGGGGCUCGAGGGGGCAGGUGGGGGUUAUGUGCCCUCCUCAUCAGGGUGGGGCUCAUUCUGGUUGAGGCUUGCAGAGCUGGGAACACCCAUGGCUUGAAGGGCUGAAAAGCCUUAAGUCUUUUGUAUGUUUAAUGAUCUGUGGCCUCGCCCAUGUGGGAGUUCGGGGAGCAUCUCAUCCCACCCUCUCCAUUUCCUCAGCCGAGGAAGACAGGGAUGGGAAAGGCCACUGGAGGAUGAGGAUGAGAGCGGAACAAAAUAUGGGGGCACAUGACCACAGCCUUGUAAAGGAUGAAAGGGGAGACCCCUGUGAACAGCACUAUGAGUAUUGGGCAAGCCCGCAAGAUGGUGGAACAGCUUAAGAUCGAAGCCAGCUUGUGCCGGAUAAAGGUGUCCAAGGCAGCAGCAGACCUGAUGACUUACUGUGAUGCCCACGCCUGUGAGGAUCCCCUCAUCACCCCUGUGCCCACUUCGGAGAACCCCUUCCGGGAGAAGAAGUUCUUCUGUGCCCUCCUCUGAGUUGCCCUGUUCUUCCUCACAACUCCUCAUCUGUCCCUCUCCUGGGCCCUUCCUUAGGUCAGUAACUGUUCUGAAGCCCUAAGGGUCCCUGCAUCAUAUUCCUACUCCUUGACGACCCCUGUGAGGUUAUCUGAAGCACAAGGCCCUCCCUCACCUGUCUGUCCACCCCGUUUCCUCACUCCUUGCCUCGGGGCACCCUUUGCUCCACCCAGAGAAGGGCCAUCAGACUCCUGCCCCGUUCCCUCUGUGACCCCCUCAGACAAUGGAGAGAGGGAAGGGCCGGGAG